CCUCCGUUUUGCUAAAACUAAUCCUUUAUUAUCAGCCCCUGUUUUUGCCAACGCAGCCGCGUCGAUUGGCCAAACGGAAGAUGAAGCUGGUGAAGAAUCCGUGUUUGCCUUUGACAGCUCUCCGCCGCUGCCACGCCACCUCCUCUUCUACAGCCGCCGCUGCCACCGACUUCGAUUGCGAUGGUGGCGUAGGCACCCGGAGCGACGUGAAACACCAGAAACCCUCUAGCAAUGCCUCACCUCGCCACCUUAAAUACCAGCUCUAUUCCCUGCUCGGUUCCGCCUCUCCCGGCCGCCUCUCCGCCGCCUUGUCGAUCCUCCGCGGUAUGCUUCCCCCCGACUCCACUUCCCCUCCUGACGCCGCCACUCGGUCGAUCGUUUUCUACGGCCUGGCUAAGCGAAGCCAGCCCCUGAACGAGGAGUCCCUCGCCCUCCUCGUCGAGAUGGCCAAGAUGGGACUUUUUCCGCACGACGCCAUCCUGUUCACUCAGUUCAUCACCAAGCUGUGCCGCUGCGGCGCCACCUCCGGGGCCUGGGAUUUCUUUCACGCGGUAAAGGAUGCUGGCGGCUCCAUCGAGGCCCCUGUGUGCAACGCCCUCUUGACUGGCCUCGCUGCAAUUCAAGACUUCGAAAGGAUGAAUCUUCUGUUUUCGGAGAUGAAAAGCUUUGGCGUGCGGCCCGACGUAGUCACCUUUGGUAUACUCAUCAAUUGCCUAUGCAAAUCCUGUCGCAUCCAUGAUGCACUGAACGUGCUCGACGCAAUGUCAAGCCCAGAUUCAGGGGUCACCCCUGGCACAAUCAUUUUUAACACUGUCAUCGGUGGGCUCUGCAAGGCAGGAAGGCUUCAGGAUGGUCUCUCCUUGCUUGAUAGGAUGAAAUCAAGCCAUGCUUGUGAUCCUGACAGUGUGACUUACACCAGCUUGAUUGAUGCCUUCUGCGAGGCUACAGAGUUAGACAAAGCUCAUGAAUUGCUUACCAGGAUGGAGAAGGAAAGGGUGGCUGUCGAUGUGGUUAUUCUGAAUACCUUUAUAUAUAGAAUGUGCAGGCAUGGGAUGAUCGGAAGUGCCCUCAAUUUUUUUCGAAAGAAGAAGGUCGAGUGGCCGGAAGUUAAAGGCAAUGCUUUCACCUAUACCGUCCUGAUUGGUGCUUUUCUUCAUUCCAACAAUGUAGGAUGGGCGAUGACAUUGUUUGACGAGAUGAUCAAAGAAGGGGUUUCCCCUGAUUCUGUGACAUACUCCACUCUCAUAUGUGGGUUGACUCAAGUUGGUAAACUGGAUGAUGCUUAUUCGAACGUGUCGUUGAUGAGAAAGAAUGGUUUUCGAGUAGACAUAAAGAGCUAUAACAUUUUGAUCAGUGGGUUUUGCAAGAAGAAGAGGUUGGAUAAGGCAUUGGAGAUACACGAUGAAAUAUGCGAGGCAGGGCUUAGGCCUGAUAUCUUCACAUACACUUCUUUGAUUGAUGCUUUCUGCAAGGCUGGUGAUUUUUCAAAGGCUGGUAAAUUCCUCAACAAAAUGGUCGACAAUGGAUGCAACCCUGACGUUGUGACUUAUGGAACUUUGAUCAAUGGUUACUGCAAAUCUGGUGAUCUUGAGCUGGUCAUGAAGAUCUUCAAGAGCAUGGAUGUGUCAAUGGUGCCGGCCAACGCUGUUAUUUAUACUACCCUCAUUGAUUCUUAUUGUAAGAAUCAAAAAGUUGAUGCAGCAAUAUACCUCUUCGAUGAGAUGCAGGAAAAAGAUAUAUUGCCCAACGUCAGGACCUACACUGCUAUUUUCAAGGGUCUUAAGAACCGUAACAUGUUUGAUAAAGCCUUCGAGCUUAUGGACAAGAUGAAUUUGCAGGGAUGCAAACCAGACUAUGUGACAAUGGAUCUUCUUACAGGAUGGUUAACUGUGAUCGGUGAGACGGAGAGACUGAGACUAUUUGUGCAACGGACGAUAUCUUCUAAUAUCGACUCGGGCAAUCCUGAUGUUUAAUCUUAUAGAUGCUUCUUAUGUAGUGUUGAGUUGUACCAUUACGGUAUGAUUUCUGAAGCUCCUUUUCAUAAUUCAAGCAAUAGCUUGUCACUGUGUUUCACAUCAUUGCUUGAAUCGGCAAAGAAAAUUGGAUUUAGUGACUCUUUUGCAGUUCUUUGUUGGAAAAAAUCUUUUUGUAGUUGCACAUUUUAAUUUAU